UUGGGUUGUGGAGGGGAGGAGGUAAAGCUGUGACAAGAGGCCAAACAAAAGGAAGCCAGCAGGGCCUUAGCUGGCAGCUCAGCGGCCACAGCCUGGCACCUCAGGGCACAGACCACACCUUCCUUGUGGACUACUCAUGGGUGCCUGAAUGACGUGUGUGCCUGUGCCCGCAGCAAGCGCCUGCUGUCAUGUCCUGCCAGGGACGGCGGAUCCUGGAGACCAGACUGGGUGAUGCAGAUCGGGCGCAGACCAUGGUGAAGAUGGCGUUACGUAAGGCCUACUCCAUCAAAGACAAGCUGGAGGCCAUAGAGAGGGUCAAGAACGGGGAACGUCAGGCCAGUGUCUCCAGGGAUUUCGGGGUGCCAGGAGGAACUCUCCGGGGGUGGCUGAAGGACGAGCAGAAGUUAAGAUGGUUUCUGGACCAGCUUGGAGGAGACGUAGGGACGCAGAGGAAAAAAAUGCGCCUUGCCAAUGAAGAAGAGAUUGACCGCGCCGUGUAUUCGUGGUUCAUCGCUCUACGACAGCAAGGAGUUCCUCUCUCAGGGCCGAUUAUCCAAGCUCAAGCCGAGACGUUCGCCAAGCAGAUCUAUGGAGAGGACUGCACCUUCAAGGCCAGCCAUGGCUGGUUCUGGCGAUGGCAGAGAAGACACGGCAUCUCCAGCCAACGCAUCUAUGGAGAACCAGAGAUCAGGCCAGCAGAUAUUGACCCGGUUCUGGUCUACCCAGAGGAACAACCCAAGACAUCGGCAAACGACGGUGGCUAUGGAGAUGAGCAGAUCUACAACGCCAACAUCACUGGAUUAUACUGGAAGCUCCUUCCAGACCAAACCCACAACAUUGAAACAGCUAAGCAGCCUGGAGGUCACCGGAAAGUGAAGGACAGAGUCACCAUUCUCCUGGUCGCCAACCUUACUGGCAACCACAAACUAAAACCAUUGGUUGUCGGAAAUCGGCGGGAUCCACCAAGUCUUUGGCACCACAAACAAGACAAGUUACCAGCGACCUACACGUACUGUAAGAACGCGCAGAUGACUCCAGAUCUUCUCAGACAGUGGUUUUUGGAGGAGUUUGUACCCACAGUGAAGCGAUACUUGAGACGAUGCUGUCUCCAACAGAAAGCAGUCCUCCUUGUCAACCAGUGUGCAGGAACUCUGCCCGAGAAGGAGCUUCAGUCCCCCGACGGCAGCCUACGGGUCUUAUUCCUUUCGAAAAACGCCAGAAGUAAGAUCCCAUCCAUGGACCAAGGAGUCAUCUCUUCCUUCAAACAACUCUACAAGCGUGAGCUCCUGAGGAUGGUAGUGUCCGCUGAGGGUCCUCCUUCAGAUUUUGUCAAGGCUUUUCUGUUGAAAGACAUGAUCUACCUGUCCGGCCAGGCGUGGGGAAUGAUACAGGCUGGAAGUAUUGAGAAAUGUUGGCUCUAUGGCCUCAGAGCAGCUUUCGAGAGCAGCUCCACAGCGGACACAGUUAGCGAUGACUGUAGUAAGGUCUUCUCGGACUUGACCAACUUGGCCGCAUUGGUUUACAAACAUUUAGCCCCAGAGGACUUUGUUGAGUGGGUGCACCUUGAUGACUGCAUCCCGGCCAUGCAGGAGUCCUCAGAGAGGGAGAACCCAGACCCCACCUGUGACAACGAAGACCCCAGUGAUAAUGAUGACCUAGAACAUGACCCAACAGCGGCCGAGGCCAUUCAGGGGCUGGAGACUGCUCUACAGUGGUUUGAAGCCCAGGAGCCUCAGAACGUGGCCCCUGUAGAAAUUGCGCAGUUACGUUCAUUAAUCGCCAGGGUGCAACGCCUCCGGCCAAUGAAGUCACAGACCAAAGGCACUAACUGUGGCAGCUCCUGAGUGAUGACAUUAGGCGGGGAGGGGCACGGGUGGCAUCACAGACUUAGUCAGUAGCCAGUUAUAGAUACACAUGAUGUAUACUCCCUUCAUGUGCUGUCACGUCAUAGUAGGUCCUCAGGAAAUACUGCAAUAUGUGUCGGCAGUUCCGCCUGUUUAGCUGUAGUCUGAGCUGAAGAAACCGUCACCGGGUGGACAUCUCCACCAUGACAUUUUAUACAGGAAAUACUUAAUUUUUAUUUGUUUUUUCUGAGAUAUGUCAGAUUCCUAAAUCUUGGAGGCAAUAAACCAGAUAUGUGGGGUUAUAUCUCACACUGUGGGGUGAUAUCUCAGACUGAGAGGUAAGAUCUCACAUCUAUGGGGUGAUGGUGCAGAUCUGUGAGGUGAUAUCUCAGACUGAGAGGUAAGAUCUCACAUCUGUGGGGUGAUAUCUCAGACUGAGAGGUAAGAUCUCAUAUCUGUGGGGUGAUGGUGCAGAUCUGUGGGGUGAUAUCUCAGACUGAGAGGUAAGAUCUCACAUCUGUGGGGUGAUGGUGCAGAUCUGUGAGGUGAUAUCUCAGACUGAGAGGUAAGAUCUCAUAUCUGUGGGGUGAUGGUGCAGAUCUGUGAGGCGAUAUCUCAGACUGAGAGGUAAGAUCUCACAUCUGUGGGGUGAUGGUGCAGAUCUGUGAGGUGAUAUCUCAGACUGAGAGGUAAGAUCUCACAUCUGUGGGGUGAUGUCUCAGACUGAGGUAAGAUCUCACAUCUGUGGGGUGAUGGUGCAGAUCUGUGAGGUGAUAUCUCAGACUGAUGAAAGAUCUCACAUCUAUGGGGUGAUGGUGCAGAUCUGUGGGGUGAUAUCUCAGACUGAGAGGUAAUAUUUCACACUCAGGGUAAAAUCUAUGACUUUAGCAGUGAUGGCUAACCUCCAGCUGUGGUGAAACUACGACUCCCAGCAUGAUCCAUUCAUUUAUAUGGAGUUCUGAGAACAGCCAAGCAAGGGGGCAUCUUGGGAGUUGUAGUUUCACCACAGCCGGAGGUCAGCCAUCACAGCUUUAGGCACCGUCUUAGAUCUGUGGGGUAGUAUCUCAUGUAUAAUAUCCCACAUCUAUAUGGUAAGUUCUCAGACUUUCAGGCAACAUCUCACAUCAGUGGUGUAAUCUCGCAGACUUUGGGGUAGUGUCUCAUUCUGUGGGGUGAGAUGGUCGUAGUUGCCCUCAGGGCUCUUCAUCCACACCUUCCAUGUCUCUGUGUGGUGACAGAGGGACACUGUUGUAGUUUCCCACAUUCUGGAGAUCCCGAUGUAGGACGUUGUUUGCCUUUUGUAAAUGAUUCCUGCCUUAGACUAUUAUAGAGGUGAACCUACCUGCAGCCCUCACCGUUCUGUAACUCACCUUCCCUUCCUUCUCCUCAUUCAUCCCAUCGAUCUCCUGCCAAACUCCUAAACGUCUCCUCACAAAACAUCUUGUAGAUCCAGGUGUGAUACCGGUGAGGCAGAGUAAGGCCUCUUGCACACAAACGUUUAUUUUUUCCGUUUACGUUCCGUUUUUUGCGUUCCGUAUACGAAACCAUUCACUUGAAUGGAUCCGCAAAAAGAACCUGGAAGGUAGUCCGUAUGCCUUCUGUUUACGUUGAAAGAUAGAACAUGUCCUAUUAUUACAGACAAGGAUAGGACUGUUCUAUCAGGGGCCAGCAAAAAAAAACGGAAUGCACACGGACGGCAAAAAUACUGAAAAAGCCAUACGGUCGUGUGCAAGAGGCCUGAAUAUGGGGGUCCGGAUAAAGCCGCACAGCAUGCAGGGGGCGCUGUCUCCCAGUGUAUUCCAUGGACCCCCACA